AUGUCCGAUUCGGUCGAGUCAGAAUGGUGGAAUUCCAUCUUAGCAUGUCGCACCAUGUCGUUUCUCCCCUGCAAAUCACAAUGUCUCUCUGCCGAUACGGCGGUUGUUUCCUUCCCGGGAAGCGAGCCAGGCCUUCACUCGUGCCACCACAGAUACGCUGGGAACGUUCAGAACAUUGCCAUUGAGCGCCUGGUGAAGUUGAAACAGGAGCUCAGAAUCGUAGAUCAAGAUCUCUUCUGGAGCCGGCUCAUGGAGAGUGUCACCUCAAUCUGCAAUGCUCAGUAUGGUUUCGUGGCUCGCAAGGUUGGAGAACAUGAUCUUGUCAACGAGAGGGUCGACCACAAGCCCUGUUUGUUUGGCACCGUCUUCUACUAUAACGAUGGCCAUCAGACAGUCGGUAUGCAUAGAGAUUGGCUUUUUGCUGGUGGGAAUCCUCUGUCGCAUAUGGACCACGACAAACCAUGCCUGGUUCCCGAAAAUUUGGAAUCUCUAGUCUCCUUCAGCCAGGACAAACUCCCCUUCGCCGCCGACGGAUACUUGGCUGUUCCACUCUUCUCGGACACCAAAUGCAUUGCUUAUCUCGGUCUAAUGUGGUCCAAGACUGGCCUACAAAAGCGAAAUCUUUCAUGGUCAUUCUUGGAAAUGAUUCUGUAUUCUUUGGAGGAUCUGGUUGUCCGGCAGAUCCAGAAAGAAGUGGAUGGCACACGAAAGGAUGAUCCGCCUAAACGAGAAAGGAGAAGCAUCUCUGUGAGCCAGAAGACAGUCGAUGAGUUAUCUGGCAGCGUCACCAAUGGCUCAACCGACUUUAUCGUCCAACCGCUCAAACCGUACGCUCGAAGCCUGUCCCAUGAACUUCGAACGCCGAUGCAGGGCGUGGUGGGAAUGCUGGACGUCAUGCACGCUACUGUGCGUGAGGCCAUUCAGGAUAAGCCAUCCCCGAGGAAUGGAUUCGUCUUCCAGUCUCUCAAAGAAAGCAUCGAAAUGGUGCAAGACAGCGCAAGACGUGCAGUGGAAGCGGCAGAUAACGUCGUUCAUGCCUACGACCUAAACAUGCAGGUCCCCAAAACCCCCCAGCGUGAGCUGGAAACCAACCCAUUCAAUGCGGCAGUCCCGUCUCCAACGGAAAGUCGGCCAGACAUCUUCAUUGAGGGUAGCAAUAUCACAGUGAACCCUUACAAAAGGCGUCGAAGCAACCCAGCAGAGAGGAGUGGCGACUCCACUCCCCGACCAAAGAUUCCGCGGCUAUCCUCGGAUAAAGAGUUGUCGCCUCGCAGUGAAGAUGUCAAGAACGCCGUUCAUGAAAGCGAAAAGAUUGUUCAGGCAGAUCCUGCUCAACAUAUCGAAGCCGUAAUGGCCAACAUGGUCGACCCGCGUCCAUCAAUAGCUGUUAGAAGGUCAGCGCCGAAUCUUUUGUUGGAGGGCAUUAACCUCAACCAGAGAAGCUCUGCAUUAAGAGUUACCAAGCUCCGAGACUUACUUCGGCUGGUUAUUAACGAAUCGCUCCAUGUCGGCGGCCGGCCCGACUUCACAUUGAGCGAAGCCACGGAGCUGGGCGAGAAGAUCGAGGUUCGGUCGCGAUCCUCGAACGGCGAGAUUUGCUUCAAAACCAUCGUAUGGAGUGUUGAUCAGGCUCUGCCGGAAACUUUGCUCGUGGACGACAAGGAUUUGGCAAAGCUGAUCUCCUGUGUUUUUCUAAAUGCAGUCAAAUUUACAAACACUGGCAUGAUCACUGUCGGUGCGAAAGUCGGUCGCGAGGCGAACAACGUGUUCAUUACUGUCCGGGACACUGGACCAGGCAUCCCUGAAGCAUUUUUGCCGAAGCUUUUUACACCCUUUGCUCGAGAAGAUGCGUCAAUCACCCGGAGCAAGGACGGCCUUGGCUUAGGACUUUUGGUCGCCAAGGGCCUUGCCAGAAAGAUGGGAGGUGAUUUGGUCUGUGUCAGCUCGUCCACUUCGGGCCCCAGUCGUGGUUCAGAAUUCGAAAUCAGGAUUCCUGUCACACAAUCAGAGUCUAGUGGUGGGCUAAUGGCUUGCCCAGCCAGCAGUCUAACGCCGCCUUACUGUGUGGACCCCUCGAGGUCGAGCAGCACAAGUACAACGAGUAACUCCAGCGGUGAGCAAUGCAUGCUCUCGCCUUCCAUACACUUGCCAAGUCAGCCGCUCCAGCAGCCAUCGCUGAAUUUAAGCGAAGAAUCGUCAUCUCAAGCAUCCAACACCGGUCGUACUGUGAACAACGCGAGAUUCAUCCGACCUCUAAUCAAUGGAGAUACGUAUGAUAAGAAACUUGGACAAAAGCAUCCUCUCACCUUCCUAGUUGCUGAAGACAACAUGAUCAACCGGCGGGUUCUGGUGAACAUGUUGAAAAGACUCGGUUACAACGAUAUCUAUGAAGCGUGCAACGGCAGGGAAGCUGUGCGGGUCAUGGAGGAUAUUCUGGCGUCGCAGGAUUUUGGCAGUCAGCCGGAUGAUCUGGUUCCUGAUGAGCAGGGCCGACGUAAGAAAUUGAAGCCGGUCGAUGUUGUUCUGAUGGAUCUUUGGAUGCCAGAAAUGGAUGGAUAUGAGGCGACAUCGAAGAUACUUAAAUUGAUGGCGCAGCAUCAUAGCCAGUCCCUUCGCAGUUCCAGCUGUGGUUCAACAGAUGAUGCAUCUAUAAUCUCCCCCUUGCCGGCUCCUACUGUUCUUGCCGUUAGCGCGGAUGUGACCGAUGAGUCUCUCACGCGUGCCUCAAAAGCCGGAAUCAAAGGUUACAUGACCAAACCCUAUAAACUGUCUGAUCUGGAACGACUGAUCACCGAAUUUCGCGGUGGCCUUAAGAGUCCAGUGACGACGGAAUGA